GAAGCCGGUGGACAUUUGUCUUUUUUCAAGUUUUCACUUGUGUGGCACCUGAGCCUACUUGCGGUUUGCCAUGGCUAACGCUCUCUGGUCAGAUAAAGUACUCCAGCUCCUCCACCGAAUGAAUAACUUUUAUUUGCCAGGCUCCUGUCGUGCCAACUGUCUUCGUUUUGAGAUCGACGGAAUCAAAGUUGGCUGGAUUGUGCCGCACGUAGCCUCGCUGUUGGCGAGCUACGGCGAUGUCUUCAGGUCGCCUCACGGGGGCGCACUUUCGCUGUGCAGCAGCCUGGACUCGUACGACAAAAGGUCCCAAGCAGUGGACGCUGUUCUGUCCAACCUGAGACGCGAUCCUUCACUGCGCUGCCUAAAAGGUUGGAGAAAUGAGAGGUAUAACGUGAUGGACAAAUUCUCAGACCCUCCACUGAUGUGGAUGGAAAGAGCAGCUACCAGUCUUUUUGGGGUGAAGCGCUAUGGAGUCCAUAUCAAUGGUUACACCGUUAAGAGCGGCGAAGUCUUCAUGUGGCUAGCGCGGCGCUCCCCGACCAAGCAGACCUAUCCUGGACUACUCGACAACUUGGCAGCCGGCGGUCUGGCUGCUGGUUUUAGCAUCAAACACACGCUAGUAAAAGAAUGUCAGGAAGAGGCAUGCAUCCCACAAGCACUUGCAGAAAUGGCCCGCCCUGUAUCCACAGUAAGCUACACCUAUGAAGACGGCGAGGGGGUCUUUUCAGAAACUCAGUUCAUCUUUGAUUUGGAACUUCCUACUGCCUUCAAGCCCAGAGUCGGGGAUGGAGAAGUGCAGGAAUUCUACCUCCUGCCUAUCGAAAAGGUGAAGGAACUACUGGUCACUGAAGAUUUCAAGCCCAACUCUGCUAUGGUGGUCUUGGACUUUCUCAUUAGACAUGCUUUUAUUGAGCCUGACAGAGAACCCUUUUACCAGGAGUUUGUGUCCGGCCUCCAUCAAGCAUUAUAGAACUACAGUACUUUUAAAUUUAUUUCAGGUGGACAGGAUUUGUAAUCAACAGGCCAUUUUUAACUCCAUGGAUAUGUUUUACAGAUUUAGUUCUUUUUCCCCACCAAAAUGAGUUAACCAAGUUGUGUUAAUACGCUAAUGUCUGUGUCUUGUUUUUGUUUCAUUUUAUUGUAUUCUUAAAAAAAAAAAAAAAUCUUCAAUUGUCUUAUAUCUGCCUCACAGUUCUGAUGACCGGAGUUCAAAUCCCAGCCCCGCCUGUGUGGCAUUUGCAUGUUGUCUCCAGGUACUCCGGUUUCUUCCCACAUCCCAAAAACAUGCAUGGUAGCUUGUAUUGAAGCCUUAAAAUCCUUGUAGGCAUUAAUGUGUUUGUGAAUACUCUUUUUUUUUUUUUUUUUUUUUUUUUUUUUUAAAUAUCCAUCCUUCCAUUUUUUUUUUUUUUGCCGCUUAUCCUCACAACCAUUUCAGGGUGUAGCCCGCCUCUCCCCCAAAGAUAGCUGGAAAGGCUCAUUUCUUUACCCACAGUAAUAGCACAAGUAUUACAAAUUGUUAGCGGUAAACAUCCAUCUUUGUCACAAGCUAAAGCAGCCAGGCCAAUGAAUGGAUAUACAGAAUAAAAAACUAUUCAUAAAU